AUGGCGAAUCAUAACAAGGCAGCGUGCCCUGAGAAUGAAGAAGUUGCCGCUUUUCUGUUGAAUAAGCGGCAAGAAAUGGCGCAGAGUGCCAAGGGAAUUUCCGAAAACAUGGACAUGACGCUUUCCAAGGCGUAUACCAACAUCUGCCAUUGCAAAACCCCAAUCAGAAACCUUAGGGAUUUGUCCCAAAUUAAGGGCGUGGGUAAGUGGAUUCUGAAGCAAAUGCAAGGUUUUUUUGAGACAGGUUCUGAUUCUUCCGAUGAAGAUAACUUGACGAGAAAUGGAGGGAAGAAAAAGGGACCAAGGCGCUAUGUGCCACAAAAAAACUCUGUUGCUUAUGCCCUACUUAUCACGCUCUUCAGAGGGACACAGAAGGGGGAUGAGUUCAUGCGUAAAAAGGAACUUAUUGAUGCAGCUGAAACAAGUGGAUUGUCUCGUGUGCCAAUUGCGCCGGAAAAGGCUAAAGGAAAAGCUGGACACUUUGGAAGCUCACCAAGGGACUGGUACAGUGGAUGGAGCUGCAUGAAGACGCUAAUAACUAGAGGCCUUGUUGUGAAGUCUAGCUGCCCGGCCAAGUAUAUGUUGACCGAAGAAGGGAAGGAAGUAGCACGUGAAUGCCUCUUAAGAUCUGGAAUCACUGAUCCAGAUGAGAGUUUGGAUGUGUUGGAAGAUUGUUCGAAUUUUAAACAAAGAGAAACCCUCCAAGUUGAUAUACAAGAAGAGAUACCAGAUUUAGAGUGUGUAGCUGGUGUUUUAGUUAAAAAAGCAGGACCUAUUAAUUCAAACAUGACAAAGAUACCAGUUGACUUGCCGCCUCAAUAUCUUGAUAAGUUCCUUCAAAUGGGGUUUUCCCGGGAGCAAAUUAUCCAUGCUUUUAAUGAGGUUAAAGAAACAUCCCCAAAAAAGGAGACAUCGUCACUUUGGCUAACUUUACUUUGUCGCCUUCGAGAAGAUGAGAUUUAUGCUCCAACUUCCAUAACUAAAUCUGCAAGAGUUGUCAGUGGUGCUGCUCCUUCACCUUACCAACAUAAAGAUGGUCGAACAGGCAUUUAUGACGAUGAGAGUAAGCAAUCUGGUACAGUUGCUGCAUCAAGUAAUCAAAAGUUCGGGCUGAGUUCUUGUACAUUAAAAGCUUGCUCAUCUACUGAUUAUGCUACGAACAAGCUUGGCAGAGGGUCAAAAGCUAAGCAUAAUAUUUUAGCAGUGCCACCUCUGGCAAUUGGAGAGAAGUUUGGUGAUGUAUACGAAGUGAUACUGAUACUGGAUAACCGUGAACAAUUUGCUACACAAGGGCUGCGCUCUAGGAAAAUUAUUGAGAACAUAUGUAAGGAAUUCAAAAUUAAGAUAGAUGUUAGAAGGUUACCUGUGGGGGAUGGCAUUUGGAUAGCUCGUCAUAAAGAUCUCGGUAGCGAAUACGUUCUAGAUUUUAUUGUUGAAAGGAAGAAAGUUGAUGAUUUGCGACAUUCGAUUAGGGACAAUAGAUACAGAGAUCAGAAAAUGAGACUAGUGAGAUGUGGGCUUAAAAAGAUGAUAUAUCUGGUGGAAGGUGAUCCAAAUUCUUCAGAGGCUUCUGAAAGCAUCAAAACAGCUUGUUUCACGACUGAGAUCUUAGAGGGGUUUGAUGUGCAAAGAACAAGAGGCUUAGCAGAUACAUUGAGGAAGUACGGUGUUUUUACCCAAUCAAUAAAUCAAUACUACAUAUCUCUGGAGCCUGAGCAAAAGUGCAAUGGGGUUUGCCCUUCUUUUGAUGAAUUUAUCAAAAUGUGUGAUGAGCUGGACAAAAUGACGGUUGGUGAUGUGUUUGCCGUCCAACUCAUGCAGGUUCCACAAGUAACGGAGGAGAUUGCCCUUGCUGUUCUAGAUAUGUAUCCAACAUUGCUUUCUCUUGCUCGCGCUUAUUCUCUUCUGGAUGGUGAUGUUUGUGCACAAGAGGAAAUGCUUAAGAGGCAGAGUAACAACUUGAUCAGUGGGCCUGCAAGCAAAAAUAUUUUCCAACUUGUGUGGGAUGGUUGA